GGCGGGGACGCAGAAAUCGCGAGGAAACGGUGUGGAUCCCCAAACCGUGGCGAGUGUUCUUCCUUCUCUCCUUGAAACGGCGUGAAAUAGAAAGUCUCCAUCAGAUUAGGAGAUUCUACGGAAAUAUUUGCGGAGUUUCCUUUUGCUCUUUCGCGGAGUGAGGAAUACCAGACACCAGUCUGCUCAAUGGGCAGAUUUGUUAUAAACAACGAUCUCUCCUCUGCGCUCCCUCUCCCUCUUUGUAUUUGCAGCACCCUGCUCAUCUUUUGAGACGUCCCUUCUAGCGGGCUGCACCAGUACUUUCAGCACUUCCCAACAGGAAGAUUUGCUGGAAGACUUCGUCCGCCGAUCACCGCCCAUCGCUGAUUUAAGGUUGAUUUCCCCCCCUCAUUUUAUGCACAUAUUUCAUUUAUAUUUUAUGGGCGGGCUAGCAAAAUGCUGGCUAGGUCAGGUUAAACUGCAGGGGUCAUAAAUCAUUCGAUUCGAGCCGGGGCAAAGCGGGGCUUGAAGACUGGUGAAGGGAGCUGAAGGCUGGGUUCUCUUCUCCUGUCCCAACCCAUCCCCAACACUGGAUAUAUGUGAGAGGUGUCACUUCGUAGAGAACAAACCAGGAUGAGGUACUCGGUUCAUCCGCUCCUCCUUAUUCUGCUGCAAUGUCUUUUGCAUAGGAUUAAUUCUCAUGAGAGUCCUUUGGGAGGACGACUGGAAUUGUUGGAAUUACGACACAAAGCAGCUGGUCCAACAUUUGCUGAUAAUUUGGCUGCACCACAGAGAGUAAAUCCUUUGCGGCUGUUUGUGAAGGAGAUCCCGAAGGCAAAACAGGAUAUCACUGAUAACCCACGGAUAAAAAUUUCCGAUGACUUGUGGACAUGGUUAAAUAACCUAACAGAUCCUCGGGAAUCUCAUUCACGGACCAAACGCAGACCCAUUGUUAAAACAGGAAAGUUCAAGAAAAUGUUUGGGUGGGGUGACUUCCAUUCCAACAUCAAGACUGUGAAAUUGAAUCUUCUCAUUACUGGGAAGAUAGUCGACCAUGGGAAUGGGACUUUUAGUGUGUACUUCAGACACAACUCGACUGGUCUUGGCAAUGUAUCUGUAAGCCUCGUUCCACCAUCCAAGGUUGUGGAAUUUGACUUCUCUCAGCAGUCGACGCUGGAGACCAAGGAGUCCAAGACGUUCAACUGUCGAAUUGAGUACGAGAAAACAGACAGAGCUAAGAAGACCGCGCUGUGUAAUUAUGAUCCUUCAAAGAUAUGUUAUCAGGAGCAGACCCAAAGUCAUGUGUCAUGGUUAUGCUCCAAACCAUUCAAGGUUAUAUGCAUAUAUAUUGCUUUCUACAGUGUAGAUUAUAAACUUGUGCAAAAGGUUUGUCCUGACUACAAUUAUCACAGUGAAACUCCUUAUUAUUCAUCUGGUUAACAAAAUAGCCAUGGCAUGAUAGGUGAAGACUGCCAUUCUGUAUGUAACUUAUUUAUACAUAGUCAAUGUCAUGGGUUAAUAAUGAUAGUAACUGUUUAAGACAGGCACAUCUGGGAUAGCGCAGCUGCUACCUCAAAGGGAGCAUCUGAGAAUGUAAUUGCAUGAUAAGCAUUUGUAAAACGAAGAGUCCGUUCUGAACAGUCCUCAGAGCUAGAAGAAAAAUAAUAUAAAAUGCAGAAAUAAAACUGUCUCUGAAACAUUAGCCUAAGGCUGAACUGCAUAUUUAUAUUCCGAUUGCAGCUCCCUGUGAUGAGAAUGAAUAUGUUUCUAAAUGUUAAAUCUGCACAUUAAUUCAUAAUCAAAGUUCUUAUAGGGAAUUUUCUUUGUGGGGGGUGGAGGAAUAAAAACAAGUAUUGCAAAGUAGGUUCAUCAACUAGCCAAAACAUAAUAUAGGAUUGUAAAAAUUGGUUAAACACAUUUUAAUGUAUGAAUAUAGUGUGUUUUGGAAAUGUGGUCCUGUAAAACUGCUUCUUUAUAAAAGGCUGUGUAUGUGUCAAUAAAGUAUAAAUACCGAGAAUAAAGUAGAAGACACAAAGAAUGCAACAUAGAAACUGAAUACAUGAUCCUCCCUUUGUUGUGCAAACCUUCAAUAAAACAUCACAGAAACA